AUGAGAGCUGUUCUUGCUGUCUUGAUGGGAGUGGCUGCUCUGGCGACCGCUCAGACAGCUACCACCUCCGAGCCCGCUGUCGCGGACAUUCACGCGGCUGCCGCAACUACCAAGCCGGAGGUUACCACCUCUGAUGUCAAGGGCCUGGUUUUUGACCGGUUUUAUCAAGUCUGGCUUGAGAACAUUGACUACGAUGACGCCGCCGCUGAUGCCAACAUGCAGUGGCUUGCUUCCGAGGGUAUUCUGCUGACCAACUUCUAUGCUGUCACUCAUCCCUCCGAGCCCAACUACUGCGCUGCCGCUGGCGGUGACACGUUUGGAAUGGAUAAUGAUGACUUCAAACAAGUCCCUGGCAACGUUUCUAGCAUUGCUGAUCUGCUUGACACCAAGGGCGUCUCGUGGGCCGAAUACCAAGAGCACAUUCCCUAUGCCGGUUUCCAGGGCUACAACUAUUCUAACCAGGAAACUUAUGCCCCCGAUUACGUUCGCAAGCACAACCCAAUGGUGCUUUAUGACUCUGUUGUGUCCAACAGCAGCCGUGCACGUCAAAUCAAGAGCUUUGAUGACUUUGAAAAUGAUGUCCAGGACAAGAAGCUUCCUCAGUGGGCUUUCAUCACUCCUAACAUGACCAAUGAUGCGCAUGACACCAACAUCACUUUCUCUGCUAAGUGGGAGCGUCUUUGGGUGUCCAAGUUGCUCGAGAACGAGUACUUCUACAACAACACUCUUCUUCUUCUGACCUUCGAUGAGGACAAGACCUACACCAAUGGCAACCGUAUCCUCAGCGUCCUCGUAGGCGGUGCCAUUCCUAAACACCUCAAGGGUACCAAGGACGAUACCUUCUACACUCACUACUCCACCAUUGCCAGUGUCUCCGCCAACUGGGGUCUUCCUUCCCUGGGUCGCUGGGAUUGCGGUGCCAACCUGUUGCAGAUUGUCGCCAACAAGACAGGUUACGCCAACUACGAGGUCGACAAGACCCACCUCACGCUUAACCAGACCUACCCUGGUCCCCUGUCGAUUGGUGACACGAGCGUUGGCAAUACCUCCACCUUCAGUCCUGAGUGGCCGAUUCCCAUCACUGACAGCAAGGAGAAGUGUUCCGCUGGUCACGGUAUCCUGGAGGCCGUCAAGAAAACCUAUGGACACCUGAACACCACAUACGAUACCAAGCCGUACCCAUGGAGUGCCAAGGCUCACUACAACGACAAGGUCACCGCCAAGCGCUCGAACGAGACCACGGGCAGCAAGACCAACUCUACAACAACGAGCCCUACCCAGGCUAGCGCUGGUGUUUCUGCCACGGCUCCUAUCACUACUGUCGUGCUCGGGGCCCUGCUGGCCAUCACUUUCUACUCCUUCUGA